AUGAUCCCCGGCGUCUUCCCGACUCGACACCAAGCUGAAAUCCAGACUCGCUGGGCCUUUCAGAAUGCUGCACAGGAUCCAUUGGUCUUGUACGCGCUAUUGGCCGUAUCUUCGGCAGAGCGAAGCGCGAGGUUGGGAGAAUUGAGGAGCGGAUCGAUCGAAAGUACCUUCACCGAAGCCGACCUCGAGAAUCGCGCAGUCCCGGAUUUCGUUUCGUACAAACUGAAUGCGGUGAAGAUUGCCAAUGAGACGAUGAAAUCAAUGGAGACGGCCGCUCAAGCCUCUACAAUCUUUGCCAUGAUGUGUCUGCUUUCAAUUGAGAUUAUCACGGGAAACCAACAGGAGAUGUUCGCACACGUUUCGGGGCUGCAGAAGUUGAUCGCCUGGCGUGGUGGAUACCAUGGACUACCUCCUCACGCAACCGAGCUGAUCCUAUCGUCUUCCUACAUGUGCGCAGCGGUGGCGCGUUCCUUGCCCGCGGCACCUCCUACCGCUUCGUUGUCUUCCCUGCCUGCGAGAUUGGUCGAAGAGAUUCGGCAGAAUGUCAGUGACGAUAUCAAGAAAAUGGGUAUUGGCAUCCUGACUCCGGACGUGGACACUCUCUUCGACUGGAGAAUAUCGCAAGCCUUCCGCGACAUGCGAGAUGUUGUGCAAUACCGGGAAUACUACCACGAGAAGCAAGUACUACCUGAUCAAGAAGAGAAUGAUUACAUCAACGCCAAAAGCUACCAGUUUCGGUAUGCUGCCCUGUCCGCGCCGUUCGAGCCACGAGCGCCCGCCAGCGACAAAGAAGAGGCAUGUCGACUGGCGUUGUUGAUAUUCUGGUUCAGCAACUAUCAAGUCAUGGCGCCCGACUCUGCGCUCAACCGGACUUUGACCGCUCAGCUGAAGACGGCUCUCCAGAGCUCGGAUCUCAAAGGGCUGUGGGGUCCUUACUUCGAGCUGCUGACAUGGGUCUUGAUGCUGGGUGCGUUCAUUUCUGCAGGGCAGCGGGAGCGACCAUGGUUCGUUUUGAAUGUCGCCAAGGUGUCCAAGGUACUGAAAUUGCGGGACUGGGAUCAGCUUCGUGACCUGCUGUUGAAGUUCUUCUAUCUCGAUCGAAUUUACGUCAAAGGCAUGCGAGACAUUUGGGAUGAAGCAUCAUUGUUGGCAGAAGGUUUAGACUGA